AUGUACGCCUAGCUCUAUUUCGAAAGCCUUACACUGCUAGAAGGAAUUUAGGUUGGAUCAAAGGAAUCGAAGCCAUUUCGUUUUAUUCAUGUAAACGGUAUCAAAAGUGUUUUUCUCGUUGUUGAAAGUGAUGUAGAUGCAGUGGUAGUACCCAUAAGAAAGAAUGAACGUAGCGCCUGAAAACUGGCUGCUGUGUCGUCGCCAUAGUGGAACUGUUCCUUCGAUCACGGAAUCGUCACAGCCGUUUUGCUGUGCUGUUGUUGCUAAAUAAUUGCAAUGGCUCAGUAUUACCAAAUAGUUGGACAAGGGCCUUCUUUAACACUAGAAGAAUUGCAAAGAUACUAUCCCAAUAUAAGAUUGGAUAGCAUAGCGUUAGUUAAUCAAGAUGAUCAGCAGUAUGCCCAGCAACAGGUAAAAGUGGUGGUGCAGCCGGCUGAGCCUCCUAGUGACAUAGUAGUGAGCAAUGCGGUCCAGCCGCAGGCGCAGCUGGUGGUGGGUGACGGGCUGCCCUACCAGCAGCAGUACAUCAUACGGCAUGAGCCGGCACCAUCACGCAAUGACUUCCAGCAGCAACAACAGCAGCAACAGCAAGCGCUCCAUAGACAACAGGUUUACUACACAUCUGAUUUGCCUGUGGAUGCUCAUGCUCAGGUUGUGUUGCAACAGGCUCAGCAAAUCAUUGAUGCAUCUAUGAUGCAACAGCCAACCCAACAACGCCCACAACAUGUAUGUCUGUCUGUCAUAAUUGUAUAUUUAUAAUAUACAUCAGUAUUUA